GCCGCAGUCACCAUUCUGUCCAUCGCCACGUCGCCCAUGGGCCAUAGCAUAGGUAGGAGCUGAGACAGCCUUCCAGCCUUUUCUCUUCCCCUCGGCAGAAGUUCCAUGUUUCCCCAUUUUCCGCCGCUUCCUCCUCUGCUCCAGGAAUAGCGAAUCGUCGGGGUGGGAGAGGGAAGAUCGAAAAUUUCCAAGCUUCACAAGCCCACUCCCACCACUGCUGAUUGGUUUCUGGUUUUAUUCCCCUGAAUUCUGCCAAAGAUGAGCUCCGAGUCCAGGGAGCUUCUCGGAAUCGACCCCAGCGAGCUCCGGUUUACCUUCGAGUUAAAGAAGCAGAUAUCAUGUUCGCUACAUCUAACAAACAAAACAGAUGAAUACAUGGCCUUUAAGGUUAAGACAACGAGCCCAAAGAAGUACUGCGUCCGGCCAAACAAUGGCAUUGUGGCACCACGAUCCACAUUCGAUGUUCUUGUAACAAUGCAAGCGCAACGGGAGGCGCCCCCAGAUAUGCAAUGCAAGGACAAAUUCCUUGUGCAAAGUGCCAUAGUGAGCAAGGACAUCACACCGAAGGAUAUCACCGGAGAAAUGUUUACCAAAGAAUCAGGCAAUGUGGUGGACGAGGUGAGGCUGAAGGUUGUUUAUGCCCCACCAUCGCAACCUACAUCUAUAAACGAGGGGUCUGAUAAGGAAAAUCUGGGCAGUCUGAGUUAUCAAGAGACAACAAGAGAAUCUAAAGAACCAGACAGAAUAAUCUCUGAGUCCUUGGCUUUGAUUUUGAAGUUGAAUGAGGAGAAGAAUUCUGCGAUUCAACAGAACCAUAAGCUUCGAGAGGAACUGGAUCUCCUAAGGCGGGAUAUGAGCAGGCAGAUCAGCGGUUUCUCAGUAGUUUUUGUGCUUGCGGUCGCUCUUCUGGGCAUCUUACUAGGUUUUUUCAUGAAGAGAUGAGCUUGUGUAACCAUGUAGCUUAUUUUGGUGCUCUGCCAAGGCCUGAGUAUCAUCGGCGUUCUCGGUCGUGUUAGCCAUCUGUAUAACUCAUGGUCAUUUAUCUUAGGAUCUGAUGCUCCUUGUAAUUGUCUAAUUCAUAUUAGCUAUGCUAGCCAGUGAAUAAGCCAUUUCAUCCUAAACUCUUGAUCUGUAAGCUUGUUUAGUGACCUUUGGUUUGGCCUAUUCGCUUAGGAAAAUAUUAUGGCUAAUUAUUUGCAUCUUCCGGUACCUGUAAACAGAAAUAGCUGCUUUGAUACUAUGGCUUGUCAUACAUCCGUACAUAUGUUGUACGUUUUCUGUAUUCUGUGUACUCUGGAGUAAGAACAAUAUUAAAGUUUGUUUUCUGCUUUGCUUA